GUCACAAGUAAGAUGCCAGUAUCAAGCAGUCCACCCGGUAUCCUUCAUACAAUCUCCGGGACCACCGAUGAGCUCAUAUCUUCAAUCGGGUCAUCCACCUUGGCAUCAGUUUUCUUCUCCAAGGAAAAGAUCACCUGACAUCCAAACUUAUUACAAUGGGGCUCACAAUCAACCACAUUCAUAUAACCAAAACCCCUUUCAAAUGCAAGGAACACAAAAUUUUCAAGAUUUUCCUCAAACAUACAACAGCCGAUCAUCAUCAGCUGAUCUAACCAACUCGGAAACAAGGGGAAACGUAAACGACGGCAGGCUGCUAUCAGAAUCAGCAUUUACCAGAAUAUCUGAAACUCUCGGGGCGUUUAAUACAGUAGGCCACUACAUUAUUGAUAUGGUGAAUGAAAAUGAAAGAAACGAAACUAACCCUAACCUAAAACAGCUCCCACAGGCCCUUUAUACAAUCAGUAAAAAUUUUCUUGGGAGAAACGUUACAGAUAAAAUUGCGCCAAUAGUAAAAAAAGCGUUACCUAAAGUUUUACCAGAUGCACCAAUAACAAGAAUAGCAACAGCAGACGUUAAACCGAAUGAUAGCAAAUCAUGUACAACUCCAGAAGGAGAACAGGGUGUGUGCGAAGAUUUGAGCAACUGUCCACAGUUACUUUUAAAUCUUGUAAGUCUUCGUGAAUCGUUAUGUUUCAAAGAUCUCUUCGUUCCUGGCGUAUGUUGUCCGAAAGAUGCCGUAGUUCCUUCAACACAAGCAAUAGAGAAACCAGUAUUAAGUACAACAAGUAAACCCACAUACUUAGUGCCAGUGACUCAGCGACCGACACAAAAACCCAUAACUACUAGAAAGCCCUCAGCAAUACUUGUGUUGACGACUAAGAAACCAAAACCACAAACAACUACCACUGCUAGACCAGCAACGACAUAUUCAACUGUCUAUACAACACGAGCUCCAUCGACGACAAGCUAUUACACUGUUACAUCUCCAAUCAUCGCCAAUUUCUCGAACAUUGUGGAUAUUAACGAUUGUGGUCAGAGGGAAGACGAAGGUGGACGUAUUGUCGGCGGCACGGAAGCCAAGCCCGGCGCUUGGCCGUGGAUGGCUGCCAUAUAUCUGCAUGGGAACAAACGUCGUGAAUUCUGGUGUGGUGGCACCCUGGUUGGACCGAAGCAUGUGUUAACCGCUGCACAUUGUACAAGAGAUUCCAAACAGAGACCUUUCCCAGCCCGACAGUUCAGUGUACGUCUGGGUGACGUAGACUUAUCACGUGACGAUGAACCUUCGCGGCCAGUGACGCUGCGUGUGACGGCAGUGCGCGCGCACGAACAGUUCUCGAGAGUCGGCUACUAUAAUGACAUCGCUGUUCUCGUGCUAGGUGAAAACGUUCAAAAAUCGAAGUACGUGAUACCGAUCUGCCUGCCACGUGGCGAGCUCGCCCGUGAGCAGUUUGCACGCUCUGUGGCUACGGUUGUAGGCUGGGGCACUACCCGCUAUGGUGGCACAGAGAGCUCGCGGCAACUAGAGGCCCGUUUGCCCGUCUGGAAAAACGAAGACUGUGACCGUGCUUACUUUCAGCCCAUCACAGAUACCUUCCUCUGCGCCGGCUAUCCACGGGGUGGAGUUGACGCGUGUCAGGGUGAUUCCGGCGGUCCGCUCAUGCUUCAAGCUAACGGCCGUUGGACCCAAAUCGGUGUGGUGUCCUUCGGUAACAAGUGUGGAGAACCCGGCUAUCCCGGCGUUUACACCAGAGUUACACAUUACUUGAACUGGCUGCAGCAGAACAUAAUAUAAGAUUGUCUUAUGAUAUCCAAUUUUGUAUCGAUAUAAUCCGAAAUUAAUUUCUUCCACAAAUAUCAAAAUUUAUGACUCGAUCUAGUCUGUUCAAUUGCUAUUGUCCAAUAAAAUAAUGAUAUA